UAUUAGGUAAGGUUAGGUAGACGACUUUUCUAUUGCCUGUAGAGGUGGGUUACAAGACGGUCCCAGGUUCGAGUCACACAGGCAAUAGAAAACCUGGGCAACAAUUCACAGCGGUCCCAGGUUCGAGUCACACAGGCAAUAGAAAACCUGCGCAACAAUUCACAGCCAUUAUUGAUAACUGCGUUUAUGAGCAGAACUUCGGCUUGCAGAAAUGAACAGAGUGGCGGAAUUGUGCGUGAUAUUUACGAUUAUAUUAUGCGGGAAAGGAGCCAAUGGCGCUGAUAAAACCAUGGUGUUUUACAUGCAUGAUGUACUGACAGGAAAUUCACAGACGGCAAAGCCCGUUGUGGUUCCAAGCGGAUCCGGCAGCAAUUUGGAAUUCGGAGCAAUGACAGUAAUUGACGAUGUGCUAACAGAGACGGCGGAUCCGUCUUCCAAGGUUGUGGGAAGAGGGCAGGGCAUGUAUGUUACAUCGUCCCUGGAUGUGUCCAAUUUUCUGCUGGUCUUCACGGCCGUCCUGACCAGUUCAGAGUAUGCUAAGAGCACCAUCAAUUUCCAGGGCGCAGACAGAUUUGUGCAGUCGAAGAGAGAUGUAUCUGUUGUAGGAGGAACAGGGAUGUUUAAAUUUGCUCAGGGGUAUGCAACCAUUGAGAGUGCCGGUCUCGCUUCGGCUAAUGUGGUCCUCAAAUUUACAGUUGUUUUGCGUUAUGAUAGUAACAGUUCCACUCCAGCUACAUCUACAGGAAGCGGUGAUAACACAUUGCCCUUUUCCAGUGGAAAAAUGUGUAGCCCUUCCAGACUGAGUAUUUAUUCGUUGAUUUUUCUGCUACAGUUGCUGCUGUGUCUCGAUUUUGGGCAGUUGGGAUUCUUUUGAAUCGGCAAUGCCCUGUAGAUGAUGAGUUUUCAUGUUGGAGAGGUCUCAGGUUCGAGUCACACAGGGCGACUCAACUACUAUUGCUCCGCCAAGCCAUAGGGAACGGCCCUAUGUAUCCACAGGGCAAUUCCGCCAUUAAGUCAGUUUGUUUGGUGUGAAGAACGUUAAAAGUUUGUUAUUUUUUUCUUUUAAGUAAAUUAUGUGAAAGGAUGUUUUUAUAAAUAAUGUUAUAGAAGAAAAGAAAAGAAAAAUGCAUCUUUAUGGAGAGGUCCCAGGUUCGAGUCACACAGCGGCUCAAUUACUAUGGCACUUGUCGACCACAUCUAUGCAUCUCCCAACCAAAUAAAAAUUGAUUCCAUCUAUUUACUGGCA